CCAAAUACGCAUGCGCAGUUUUAAAGGAAGUUGAAGGGAAAGCAGACGGAACAUGUGCGUGUGCUUCACUUGACAUUGACAAGACUUUGACCGUUAAGAUACAGGAAAUUGUUAGUUGAACAUGUGAUUAAAAUAUUUCCCCAAGUACAACUGGUGCCAGUGUCCUGUCAUCGAUCAGCAUAAAAGGUCCUUUCCCUGUCCCGGCAGCCUGCCACUCUGAAGCCAUGGGUGCCUCCAACUCUACACCUGCCUCACCCACUGUUGCCAGUACCCAGGCUGGCCCACCCAGUGAAUGCCCCAUGCAUCAGAAGCAGUCAGCUAAGGAUGUGAAUGCUAUGAUGUCGGCAGCUCCCUCAGCCUACCCCAGUGAAUGUCCCAUGCACCAGCAAGCACAACAAGGGAAAAUCAACCCUGAAAAUAUGAUGCCUCCCCCAAACCAGAGACCAGCCCCAGACCAGCCCUUUUCCCUGCCCACAGAUCGAGUUACGUCCAAAAUACCGAAGGUUGGCGCAGAAAAUGAAAACUGGGUUUACCCUUCUCAACAGAUGUUUUGGAACGCUAUGCUUAGAAAGGGAUGGCGAUGGAAGGAUGACAACAUGAAGCCUGAAGACAUGAAUCACAUCAUCAACAUCCACAAUGCCAACAAUGAGCAAGCCUGGGAAGAAGUGCUCAAGUGGGAAGCCAUGCAUGCCAGGCAGUGUGACUGUCCAAAGUUGAAGAGGUUUGGUGGCAAAGCGAAAGAGUUUUCCCCUAGAGCAAGGAUUCGGAGCUGGUUUGGGUAUGAGCUCCCUUUUGACCGGCAUGACUGGAUUGUUGACCGCUGUGGCAAGGAAGUUCGCUACAUUAUUGACUAUUAUGAUGGUGGAGCAGUGAAUAAAAGCACUUACGAGUUCACGCUUUUAGACGUGCGACCAGCGUUCGAUUCUCCAGGUGCAGCUUGGGACAGGAUGAAAGUGGCCUUUAUGAGAUGGAAGAUGAGUUCCCGUGAUAAAGAGUCGCAGGCAAACUCUAAGGCUGUGUUUCACGACAAGGAAGCGGUAAAGAGCAGCUCAGACUAGCCGUAACAUAAAUCUUGACCAGUUUCACUGGCAUCGGUUUUAAGGGUGAGGAUUUAUUGAGGAAACUAGUGUUACUCCGGAUGCAAGUGAGGAUUGUGUAGGGGACUCCUGUGACGAGAGCAGGGAGUGGCGGUGAUGAGGCUGUCAGAUGACUGUGACGAAAGCAUCAGCGGGAAGCAUGGUGGCCACACCUGGACUAGGCCAACACUACACAUUGAUGAAUGUAUAGUACUACCAGAGAACGAUUGCAGAAGAAGGUCAAAUCAUGUCAUGACUUUGUAUUUGUACAUGGUUUGCUAUCAACAUCUUCAAAUUUCACAAGUAUUUAUUGAUUAUUUGAUGCCUUUUUCUUUUUGUUAAAUGGCAUGAUUCAUUGUGUAACUUGUAAUUGUUUGAAAAUAAAGUUACGUUUUCAUUUAA